AUGUGUUCACUUUUUCGUCAGGUUGAUGAACAAGGGAGUGACUCUGAUAUUCCUGCCACUUGUGCUGUCACUUUUGGUGAUGAAGCAUUGCCAGAAGGUUCCAAAUCCAUACGGUAGAACCUAUUUGUUCCGCAAGAAGAUUCCGAGGAGAGUGAUGAAGGCUCCAGUCUAGACAACGAGUCCCAGGUGCAGCUAAAUCGCUUCUUACACCUUCGAGACGUCAUUCCAGUACGUCACACGUUAUCAGUACCGUGGAAUACAGCGCACGAGCGUACUAAACGCAUAUACCUACGGAAAGCUCAACAAUGUAUUUCUGCAAUGCUGGAUGUCCUGGUACAAGAAAAUUCGCAAGGACUGUGGACGGAGCUUUGUGAUCGUCACGCUGUAUGCAGCGAGAGUCAGGUUGUGGUCAAAGGCAUAAGUGAAAAAGAGACGGAGCUUCUUAAUGCAUUUGCUGAAAGCUACUUGAACGCGCAACAUUGCAGCACCAGACGGCAAAUAUUCUCUUUGAUGGCAGACAAGUCAUCCCUUAAGGAGAUGAGGGAGUUUAUUCAAACCGUUACUAGCUAUCGCUACAGCAUUGCCCGACGCCACAGGAUGAUACAUGGAAGAGCUGCUACUCUUCCGAACCAGGAGAAAAGGAGAAUGAGAAUUGAACCUGUAAAAUUAGAACAUUUUGUUUCUUUUAUAACGAGUCCACGCGUUAUUCAAGAUGUUCCUUCCUUCACACCCAAUGUUAUCAGAACAAUGAUACCAGAGCGCAUCGUCCAGCAGUAUCAACAAUACUGCUGUGAAACCAACUUUGAGCUUAUGAGUAUGAGAACUCUACAGAGAGUUUUGGCCGUGUGUUCUUCAUCUGUUCGCAAGUCUCUGCAAGGACUUGAUAACUUUUCAGCAUCAGGAGUGGAAGCAUUUGAUGCUGUAGAAAAACUCGUAGACAAGCUUGUUGACUGUCGAAGCAGUGCCUAG